AUGAAGAAUCAAACAGUAGUAGCUGAAUUCAUUCUUUUGGGAAUACCCCACACUGAAGGGCUAGAGACUGAGCUCUUUAUCCUGUUUCUGACUUUCUACCUCUUCACUCUGCUGGGGAAUCUGCUCAUCCUCAUUGCCAUCAUUUCUUCUUCCCAGCUUCACACUCCCAUGUAUUUUUUCCUGGCAAACCUAUCUGUGUUUGACAUAUUUUUUCCUUCAGUGAGUUCUCCUAAAAUGUUGCUCUACCUCAUGGGAAAUAGCCAUGCUAUCUCUUUUCAGGGUUGUGCAUCCCAAAUAUUCUUUUAUCAUUGCUUGGGAGGGACUGAGUGCUUUCUCUAUACUGUGAUGGCAUAUGACCGCUUUGUAGCCAUCUGCCACCCACUGAGGUAUAAACUCAUUAUGAAUCAUAAGGUAUGCAUUAUCCUCACCAUAGGCACUUGGCUGGGGGGCUGUCUUCAUUCAUUUAUCCUUACAUUUCUCACUUUCAGAUUACCCUACUGUGGUCCCAAUAAGGUAAACUAUUUCUUCUGUGACAUCCCCAUAGUAUUGCCCUUGGCUUGUGCAGACACUUCUCUAGUUCAAAUGGUGAGUUUCACCAAUGUUGGCCUCAUGCCUCUUAUAUGUUUCCUAUUUAUUUUUAUUUCCUACAUUCGCAUAGUGCUCUCCAUAUUGAAAAUCUGUUCAUCAGAGGGGAGGCGCCGAGCCUUCUCCACUUGCAGUGCCCACCUGACCUCUAUCCUCUUGUUCUAUGGGCCUGUAAUCCUUAUUUAUCUUGGACCUGCUUCUACUCCUUGGCUUGGCUCUGUGAUCCAAGUGCUGAAUAAUAUUGUUACCCCUUCUCUCAACCCUUUGAUAUAUAGCCUGCGAAACAAGGAUGUUAAAUUAGCCCUGAGAAAAGUUUUGUACCAGUUGGCAAACAUUUCAGGACUUUAA